AUGCUGGGAGGCACCGCCGGACCCUCCUUGUCCCACAGGUUCCCCUUCCUCCUGGUGGACCGGGUGCUGGAAUGGGAGAGCGGCAAGUAUGCUGUCGGCUACAAGUGCAUCACCAUCAACGACAACUUUUUCCCCGGCCACUUCCCAAACCGCGCCAUCAUGCCAGGCACGGGAUGGGUGGAGGCCCUGGCCCAGCUGGGGGGCAUCGCCAUGAUUGACCCCGCCGACAAGGGCCAGCAGAACAACUUCUUCUUCGGCGGCGUGGACGGGGUCCGCUGGAAGAAGCCAGUGGUGCCCGGCGAUGUCCUGAUGAUGAGGGUGGACGUGGUCAAGUUCAACAAGAGGCAUGGCAUCUGCAAGGUGGAUGCCAAGGCAUAUGUGGGCACGGACUUGGUGUGUCAAGGUGAACUGACGCUGGUGAUGCUGAAGUGA